CCUGAUCCAGUGCCCGCUGAUACGCGCGGUCAUAAACUCUUCGUUCCGCGGUUUAUUGCCACCCGAUCGGGACGAGUAAUAGAAAGUGCGAAUUUGGAGGCCCACGAAACGCCUUCAUUUCAGAGGGUAGACUCCCCACGCAACGCCUACGUUUGAGUUUCCCGUGUCGCGUGAAUGUAUCAGUCUCUCUGCGGUUUAGUAUUCGAGAUAAAUAUAUUUCUCAUUAUCAUUAGAUUAUAGUUGCUCUGUAUGGCGCUUAGGCACUGGACGCAGCGCUUUAUCUAGUGUGGGGAAUUAUUUUGACGAGGGAGUUAUUUCACUCGCAGGAGAGGCCUAGUCUACCGAAUGUCGGAAAAUUGUGUGUCCUAUCGAAAGAGGGCUGUGAUGAACGUGUCAUUUUGUCAGUUUUGCGCUCGAGACUGCGGGAAACUGUCAUCGUCCGUGAAUUUUGUGUCAUUCCUGCCGCAGACGUCUCCUACGAAAGGAUCAGGAUCACUUACUUGAACUCACAAACCCGAACUCAAAUCGUCUGAUUCCUCUGCGAUAUCAAUACCUACCGAUAUAUUUCGUCUCUUUCCCUACCUUCGCUCUCUUUCAAAUCCUUUCUACACGUCUCCCUCCACGUUUCCUCCCCCGCCCUAUCAUCCUCACCCCCUCUACUUCCUCUCCCGUGCAUAGUGUACAGGUACGGCGUUAUAAAAAUUUAAAAAAUUUAAUCCCGCACUCAUUGAAUAGACAAAACAGAAACUGUCAACUAUGAGAACGGACGAUAUUUGAACCGUCAAUGAUGAGUCUCAGCACCAACACAGUUCAUACUACUUAUUAGAUAUUUAAUUAUAUUUAAAAACACAUCAGGUUAAAAAAUAUCCGUAAUCUCGAUCAAUGUCGAGUGCUUUCCACUCCAGGAGAAUAUAAGUAAGGAAUUUUGAUUCUAAGGUACAAAUCAAGUUCACAUUGAUCACCUACUCUCAUUGUUAACAUUUAACCUAAACUAUACACGCGCGUGCACUUACAUCCACACCUGAAUCUGUGCCUGUACUUUAGCGCUUGCCUCUACUAGUAUACGUGUUGAUACCUCUACGUAUACCUGUCGUGAUACCUCUACGUAUACCUGUCUUGAUACCUCUCCCUCAUGUAUGAAUUCAUUCCUCCACCUGUGCCUGUAUUUACAAAACCCUCGCUGUUCUAUUCAUUGAACCUUUCCUGAUCUUUUUAUUAAACCUUUCCUGUUCUACAUAUUAAACCUUUCCUGUUCUAUUUAUUAAACCUUUCCUGUUCUAUUUAUUAAACCUUUCCUGUUCUGCUCAUUGAACCUUUCCUGUUUUUGAGCUCGCGCGAACUCGGGCCCCGAAGUGUGAUCAGAUAAAAUCGUUAACUUGCACUGUCCCGCUCGCUUAUAUCCAGUUUUUUAAUUCUGGAAAACGCGUGGCAUCUCAUGUGCAGUUUCGUGUGGAUAUCCGGUCCAAGUGUCUUUAGUGACGGGCGUCCAGCGUGAAAUCAGCGCCGCGAGGGAGGUGCUCGGUGCGACACGACGUCUAACCACGCUCGCUAGGUCAUCCUCGAGCAAGAACCGCGGUUUUCGGCGGAGUUUCCAUUGAACUUAGGUGGUUUUUAAAUCGAUGCCUGACCACGCUCGACAGGUCAUCCUCGAGCGAAAACCGCAUUUCCCCGCGCAGUUUCCAUUGAACUUAGGUGGUUUUUAAACCGACGCCUGGCCACGCUCGACAGGUCAUCCGCGAGCAAAAACCGCGGUUCUACGUGGAGUUUCCAUUGAACUUAGGUGGUUUUUAAACCGACGCCUGGCCACGCUCGACAGGUCAUCCGCGAGCGAAAACCGCGUUUCCCCGUGCAGUUUCCAUUGAACUUAGGUGGUUUUUAAACCGACGCCUGGCCACGCUCGACAGGUCAUCCGCGAGCAAAAACCGCGGUUCUACGUGGAGUUUCCAUUGAAGAUAGGUGGUUUUUGAGACCUGGAGCGACGCCCUCGCCCCUUCUGCGUGAGGAUCCGGAGGUACGCCCAACACCUGGCCGAGAUGACCAUCGUCGUGGCUCUUAUCUAUUUCCUAACCUCGAGCGUCCUCAAUGUCCAGUCCUACAUCCUCGGCCGCAGAGUCUCCGAGGACUCAUGUCGCAUAUCCUUGAGCCGGGACCUGGCCACGAUCCCGUCGCUGAUGAUCAACGAGAGCGCGGGGACCCUCCUCUACCCGACAGAGGAUGACGUCAUCGUCCUGGCGCCCAACGCCGAGUUCCUCCUGUACUGCCCGUCCGGCUUCGCCGAGCGCCGGAUCCAGCCGAGGGGCAUCAGGGUCGUCUGCAAGCGGGACAACUCGGUCGUAUACGGCAACGCCACCUACCGGAUCAACCAACUCGGCUGCACCAAGCACCCCGAUUCCACCCUCCGCCGAACCGGAGCCACCUGCUCGCGAGGGAACUACACGCUCCUUCACGUGGGCUACGAGUAUGAGUCCGAAGAGAGUCCCAGCGUCGGCGGUGAAGGAGAUGAUGGAGGAAACGGCGUGGGUCUCGACAACGACGUCGACGCGGACGAGGAGGAGACGGAAACGGGUCGAAACGAAACUGGAAACGGUAUCGAAGCGGAGACGGAAGUGAGCCGGGAUGAAACCGGAAAUGAGAUCCGUGAAGUUGAGGCGGAGACAGAAGUGAGUGUGAAUGAAGGUGGAGACAGCGUUCGUGUAGUCGAAUCGGGAAUGGGAACAGACGCAGGUGAAACCGGAAAUGGGGUCCUUGCUGUCGAAGCGGAGACAGAGGUAAGUGUGGGUGAAAGUGGACGUGGCGUUCAAGGAGUCGAACCGGAAAAGGUAACGGUCGUAGAUGAAACCGGAAAUGGGGUCCUUGCUGUCGAAGGGGAGACAGAAGUAAGUGUGGGUGAAAGUGGACGUGGCGUUCAAGGAGUCGAGCCGGAAAAGAAAACAGCCGCAGAUGAAACCGGAAAUGGGGUCCGUGCGGUCGAAGCGGAAACAGAAGUAAGUGUGGAUGAAAGUGGAAGUGGCAUUCGGGGAGGCGAAUCGGGUAAGGAAACGGACGCUGAUGAAACCGGAAAUGAGGUCCGUGCAGUCAGAGUGGAAGUAGAAGAGGAUGAUGAGAAAACGGCAGAAGUGAAGAUGGAAAUGGGAAUGGGUGAAACCGGAGACGGUUUCCGUACCAUGAAGCCCGAUCAUUUCAGUGGUAAACUCAAAGUUGGUAAGCAGGGAGGAGCCGCGUCGACAACUACGAAUGGAGGAAUUAAGAAUGAUUUUGAGCUGAGAAACUUGAAAGUCGUGCCCGAAAAAGAACCGACGGAUACGGAAGUUGACACGUCCGUUACCGUAAAGGAGAGCGGAGGUGACUCGAAGCUCCUAAGUUUGUUCGCCGGUUAUCGGAUGCGAAUACAAGAAGGAGUCCACAAUGUUGCCUUCGACUUGCCUUUAAAUUUUAGGAGCACUGGUAGCAGGAAACUCGCUCCUCUUGUAGUUGAAAAUGUCCGCGCGUUGGGCACAUUCACAACCGGAAACAACAUGAGUGGUACAAACGGUCGCGUGACGCGUGAUGCAUCAAACAUUAGAAUAAGACAGGAAGAGCAGACACCAAUCAGAGACGGAAUGAAAAUGAUACUAAUGAAAAAAAUGUUUGCAACCGGAAGCGACGCCAGCCUUCUCGAUGACGGUUACAGCUUAAAGCCGCAUGAUGCACGCUUCACCGGAAACGAUGUCAGGCUGACUGAAAGCAGUGCUAGCCUCACUGCGAGUAGCAACAUCCGCAUCGGUGGAAUUACGAACAUUAACGGGAACGACGGCGGCUUCAUCGGAGGAAGUGUAACCCCUGCCGAAAAUGCAGCUAGCUCCGCCGGAAAUAGUGUAAGCUUUACCGGAAAUAUUGAAGGUCUAAUCGAAAGUACCACCAUUCACACUGAAGGUGAACCCAGCUAUACCUAUACUGGUUCGAACCUUUCCGGAGGUGACGCCAGCUUUACUAGAAAUGGCGCCGGCUCCACCGGAAAUGGCCUCAGCCUUUCCGAAUAUAGUGCUAAUUCCAUCAGGAGCUAUACCGCUUUCGCUCGGAACGGCCACAACUCUGCUGGAAAUGCCCAUGACCCGAGUCUCACCGGAAAUGACCCCAGUCUUACCGGAAAUGACCCCAGUCUUACCGGAAAUGACCCCAGUCUUACCGGAAAUGACCUCAGUCGUACCGGAAAUGGCCCUAGUCUUUCCAGAGAUGACUCCAAUUUUCCCAGAAAUAGUGCCAGUCUUCCAAGAAACGGUCCGGGCUUCGCCCGAAGUGAUUCCAAGCACACCGGAAACGCCAAACGGCGGAACAGGAAACGGCCUCAUAACAAGAGUGCCACAAGCGAAAACGUUCUCAAUCCAGAAAAGGCGUCUUUCCGCCGGAGGCCAGUGGGCGAAGUGAGGUUCAUCAAGCUGAUCGAGAUCUGCUACGACCUGGAGCGGCACCGGGCGGUGUACGCGAGCCACGAGCUGGACGAGCGGAUCCGCGGACGACAGCACAGCGUCCCGCGGAUCAACUUCAAGACGGACAUCUUCGACGAGGAGCGCAUCGACGUGAACGCCCUGUACACGCGGAAGGGGCAGCUGGCGCGGCUGACGGCUCUCCUGGGCUCGGCCGACCUGGCCAACGAGUACAUCCGUCGCGACGACCAUUUCCUCGCCCGCGGGCAUUUCUCGCCCAAGGCCGACUUCGUCCACGCCGCCGAGCAGCUGGCAACCUUCUACUACGUCAACGUCGCGCCCCAGUGGCAGACCUUCAACGGGGGCAACUGGGUCAAACUCGAGGAUGCUCUGAGGGACCUCAUCGUCAAGCGCCCCGGAAAACUCCACGUUUACACCGGGACCCACGGCGUGAUCGCUCUGAAGGACAUCAACGACAACGAAGUGGAGAUCUACCUGGGCGAGAAGGACGGUCGGCCGAUCGUGCCGGUGCCGAAGUACUACUGGAAGGUCUUCUACCGGCCGGAGCAGCGGGAGGGGGUGGCCGUGGUCGGACUCAACAACCCCUACCGUGAGGUGGCCGAGGGUGACAUCCUCUGCGAGGACGUCUGCCGCGCCUACGAGUGGCUCGACUGGGACACCAACAACCAGGACAAGGGCGUCAUGUACUGCUGUGCCCUCGGCGAGUUCCAGCGGAAAUUCAUCCACCUCGGAUUGGAGGAGUCGGAGACGGUCACCAUCCGCUCGGAGGGCCAAGAGGACGAGGAGGAUGAGCAGGGAGAGCGCGUCGUUGAAUCGACGACUUUCAAGAUGGAGUCAAGCUCAAGCAGCCCGAUUCUUGGAUCCACACACCUACAGCACAAGAUGUAGCCCUAUCAAGAAAAAAAAAAAAAAAAAAA